UGGAGGUAUCUUCGGCCAGGAGCUCCUUCAGCAACCCCGAUACAUGUCUCAUCUCCACCGGCAGUGCUGUGCGGCUUUCCUCGUGCGGGAUCUGCGGCUGGACUGGCGCCUGGGGGCCGAGCACUUCGAGGCGUGCCUGCUGGACCACACGCCGGACGCGAACUGGGGCAAUUGGGCCUACCGCAUCUUGCAGCGCCCCGGCCUCGUGGAGUCCCGGCGAGACUACCCAGUGGAGAACCUUACCAACAUCACCACAAUGGAGUGUGUUGCGUGGCCAGCCGUCCACGACGCCGAGCUCGAGCACACCUUGCGCUGGGUGCCAGAGCUCGCGGCGCUGCCCCGAGACCUUGCCCGCGAGCCGUGGCGCACAGAGACGGUGGGCGAUGAGCGCAUAUCGGUGAAGCCUUACAGGGACUCGCCGCUGUGGUUCUGCGCGUACCACCCGCCCGACAAUCGCGCAAACUGGGAUUACGAGUACUUCUGGCUGCCUGGCCACGCCUGGACAGUCAAGCGAUUCAAGGGGGCGCCGCAGCACGACGGCUUCCGCCUGGGCCGCGACUACCCAGCCCCGCUGGUGCCUCCGCUGAACCUCGAGCUCGACCUGGACGCCCUGCCCGUGCGGCACUCGUGGGGCGACACCGCCGAGGGCGACAGCAUCUGGGGCAGUGCCGGGGGCAGCCGCGCCCCCGGCGGCGAAGCCGCCGCCGCGGGCGCACAGAGCUCUGCCAGCAAGGGCAGGGGCAAGGGCAAGGGCAAGGGCAAGGGCCGCGGGGACCGGGCCGCGCAGCUGCGCGACGCCGCCUGCGUGGCCAGCCGCCGGAGGCAGCGUACUUCCGUUUCCCCGAAAUGGGCACCGUGCGGCUUUUGAGUUCUACAGCACAAGAUUGCAGGGAGCGUAGGGGGGCUUGGAUGCAACUCUUGGGAGCUUAAAGGCAGCAUCUGCGCUGGUUUAAUUAUCUGUGGUUGAAA